GCGCUGGAGAAGACGGCCGAGGUCAUUAAACAGUAUAGCGAUGAGAUGGUGAAGAGGUGGAAGGAAGAGAUAGACACUCUCCUCGUCUACGCGGGUCUGUUCUCAGCCAUCCUCACCGCGUUCAAUGUGCAAUCCUACCUCCUCCUCCAACCCAGUACCCCCUUCUCCGUCAACCCUCCUGGCGCACUCGUCAACUCCACCCAUCCUGUGACUCCCUUCGCUCCCAUCCCGAUGGCCCCGGUCGAGACGUGGGCUGUCUGGCUGAACAGCCUGUGGUUCUCCGCGCUCAUAUGCAGUCUCGCGUCCGCUUCGAUCGGCAUAUUGGUCAAGCAGUGGUUGCACGAGUAUGAAGCUGGCAUCUCGGGGACCUCAGUAGAAAUCGCACGGCUGCGGCAAUACCGGCUGAAUCACCUUGCCAAGUGGCGCGUUGCAGAGAUCAUCGCCAUCCUGCCA